GCAGCGAGGCCUCUCCUGGCCGGCUGCGCGCCCCCAUCUCCUUCCACCCCCAUCCGUUUCCUCCUCAAAUACGGCACGCCACGUCGCCACGGCGCGGCGCCUUCCCCCGAAUGGCGCUCGCCUCCUCUCCCUCCCGCCUCCUCAACCGCUUCCCUUCCCCGCCUCCACCCCCUCCUACUUCGCUCCCUCUCGCGGUGCGGCCGCCACGCUGCCGCAGCUACCAUCGGCUCGCGGUGCGCUGGGAGGGCAGGGCGAGGGCGAGGGUGCGAGCGCUCCUCGGGGGAUUCUCGGACGCUGGCGUCAGCGAGAGCGACGACGAUGAGGAGGAGGAGGACGCCCUGCGGGGAGGGGGGCCGCGGGAGGACGAGGACGUCGUCGAGCUCUCUGCGGCGUCCGCCGGGCCCCAGCGAUGGGACGUGCUCGGCCUCGGCCAGGCCAUGGUGGACUUCUCAGGGAUGGUAGAUGAUGAAUUCCUCGAGAGAUUGGGCAUAGAGAAGGGUACAAGAAAGGUCGUGAAUCAUGAGGAGAGAGGACGGGUCUUGCGCGCCAUGGAUGGAUGCAGCUACAAGGCCGCAGCCGGGGGCUCCCUGUCCAACUCACUUGUGGCACUGGCGAGGCUUGGGAGUAGUCGGUCUGAUAGCUACCCUGAGCUUAGAAUUGCGAUGGCUGGCAGUGUGGGCAGCGACCCACUAGGUAGUUUCUACAGGGCGAAGUUGGGUCGAGCUAAUGUGCAUUUCUUGUCUAAGCCGGUCAAAGAUGGGACUACUGGAACUGUCAUUGUUCUAACAACGCCGGAUGCACAGCGAACUAUGCUUGCAUAUCAGGGUACAUCUUCAACUCUGAGUUACGAUUCAGAUUUGGCCAGUUUAGUGUCCAAAACAAAUCUACUAGUAGUGGAAGGUUAUCUAUUUGAGCUGCCUCACACGAUUGAAGCUAUCAAGCAAGCGUGUGAAGAUGCUCACAAGAAUGGUGCACUCAUUGCUGUUACAGCAUCAGAUGUAUCUUGCAUCAAGCGUUGCUACAAUGAUUUUUGGGAUAUUGUAGGAAACUAUGCAGACAUAUUGUUCGCCAAUGCCAACGAAGCAAGGGCGUGCUGCGAGCUACCCUCAACAGAUAGCCCCAUGUCAGCCGCAAGAUACUUAAGCCACUCUGUUCCUCUAGUAUCCGUGACAGACGGUGUGCAUGGCUCCUACAUUGGGGUGAAAGGCGAAGCAAUAUACAUCCCUCCGUCACCAUGCAUACCUAUCGACACCUGUGGCGCCGGUGAUGCAUAUGCUUCAGGGAUUCUGUAUAGCAUUCUCCGGGGCGCAUCAGACCUUAAGGGAAUUGGCCUGUUGGCUUCACGGGUAGCUGCAGUUGUCGUCGGGCAGCAAGGCACACGCUUGCGGGUUCAGGACGCCGACAGAUUGGCUGAAUCAUUCGCGCUUCACCUCGAUAGCUUGGAGUUUUGUUCAGAUGUUUGAACAUAUGACGUUUCAAACGUCUGAUCGUUUCUGGUUUAGUCCAAGUCCUAGACAUCUAUUUGUACGUAGGAUCUCUUUCACUUUUAGUAGGUCUAGUACAUUGUUCAGAGCAGCCGAGCUGGAUAGAGCUUGUCAGUCCAUUUGGUGUUUGUUACAAUCUUCAUUGCUCAAAAUUGGCAUUACACAGAUUUCAUUGCAAAGAAUGUGAUAAACUGGAAAAUGCACCGAUGUAGUUCAUGUUUUUAGUUGCAAUGCAUGAAUUCGAUGAUUGUUA